UUAUAAAGUAUCGGGUUAGAACAUAUCUGGUGUCACAUCGGAGUUUUGCGUUACUUUGUUCGGUACAUCGUACAAUUAUUUUCGAGAUAUUAAGUUAUUAAAAAGGAAGAGUUGUUAUGGUUUUAAUAUAAAAUUGUAGCGAAAAGUGAGUGAAUAAACGCAAAAGGAAGACCCGUUUAGUGUUAGCACUAAUAUUUCCAAGAUAAGCUUUCACUAGAGUGUAUGAAACUCAAAAUGAGAAGCAGCGUAAGGUUGUGUUCCCUCCUUCUAACUUUGAGCCAGCUAGCACCCCUUGCAGUUGGUGUAUCGCCGUAUUUAACAGAGAAACCCAGUUAUAUGCUGUCAUGUCAAAUAAAUGAUGCGGACUUUGUCAAAUGUUCUACAAAAAGUGUGCAGCGGGUAAUGGAUACAAUCAUCGAAAACCAGGGGCUUCCUGGGCUGGACAGUCUUCCACCAAUCGAUCCACUAUAUGUCAAAAGAAUCAGGGUUGAUCAAAGUGGUAGUCCGGCCGUAAAUUUAGAUGUAGAGCUCACUAACAUUGUGGUCAGAGGAUUUAAUAAAAUGAAAAUAGUUGAAAGCCAGGUAGAUCCAAAAGAUUACCACUGGGAAACGAAAAUAUUCCUGCCAAAGAUGAGUAUUCGGGGUAAUUAUGGCCUUAAGGGAAGAAUCUUGCUGAUCAAUUUGAACGGACAUGGCAACAUGUCAUUAGAGAUUGAUACCUUGAACAUCGACUUGUACACAACGGCAAGAUUGUAUGAAAAAGGAAACUUCACAUUUUGCAACGUGACUGAUGCUAAGGCAUCGUACACAAUCGACAAACUUAAGACGAGAUUCGACAACCUAUUCAAUGGAAAUAAAGAACUAGAGGAAAGUACGAAUGCAUUCUUCAAUGAAAACUGGGCCACACUCAACCAAGCCUUACAACCAAUCAUCCAAUCUGCAAUUUCGGAAAUUCUUCUGAAGUAUAUGCGAGCCAUCUUCCACUUUAUUCCUGCAAACUUCUUCGUUAGUGAUAUACCCACGUCGAAGCAGCUUUACGGCGAGUAAAAGGAUCUCUAAAGUGUUCAACUUCUGGGUUAUAAUUUAAGUGCAAUUCUGGAUGAAUGGGAAUUUAUUGUUUAAAUAUAUUACCAGGGAAAAAGAUCGAA